AUGCUCCUCCCCACGCGCUUAUUCAACGUCACCGGCGCGUUCCUCUAUCCGGCGUACGCGAGCUAUAAGGCGCUCUCCCAGCGUCCCGCCCAGCCGGUCGAGCUGGAGCGCUGGCUCAUGUACUGGGCUCUCAUCGGCGCGUGGACCACCGCCGAGGGUGUCAUAGGCUGGUUCUUGGAAUGGAUCCCAUUCUACACCAUCUGCAAGACGCUCGUCUUCCUCUACCUCGCGCAGCCUGGAAACAGGCUCGGUCCCUACCUGUACUGCAACGGUCUUGCGCCCCUCUUCGCUGAGAACGAGGGCGAGAUCGAUGCCUUCCUCGGCAGCCUCUCUGGCCGAGCCACCAACGGUGCCCGCGGUGGCCUGUGGUGGAUCUGGGACCAGGCCAGGCGUGCUCUCGGGCUCUCGCAGGAACAGGCAUCGCAGCUGUCCAACGCCGCCGGUCUCCCGCAGCCCCCGGCUUAUCCUGGCAUCGGAGCCGGUCGUCCCGGCGCUGGCUUCCAGUCCGGUGCUGGUGCUGGUGUAGGUGGUGCCCCUGGUGCCCCUGGUGCCCCUGGCACCCCGGCGUACGCCCAGCAGGCAUUCGGCCUCGUCUCCAACCUCGCGACGCGAUACAUGCCCUCGGCCCUCGGCGCAGUGUAUGCGGCCGGAAACUCGUUCAACAACGCGGGUAACCCGGGAUCUGCACCAGGCUCGCGUUCCGUCUCGAGCUCGUCCACCUCGCCCUUCCCCGUCACGCCCGGCACUUCGUCGCUGUCCUCGUCGACCGCUACCGCCCGUGGCUUUGACCUCCCUCCCAUGCCCUCUGUCCCCUCGGGCGCUAUCGGCGUGUCCUCCUCCAGCAGCUCGCGCACUUUCUCGUACGCCACUGACGAGUCGGGGUUGACGGUCACGAGCCGUACCGAGGCCCGAAUGCGCACGUCGUCGCGCACUUCGUCGGACGGUUCGCUCUCUGGCGGCUCCAACUCGCUCGCCGCGUCCGGCUUUGCCGAGAUCCACCCUUCCGAGGCAGACGGGGCCGAGGGUCUUGUUCCGCACGCUCGCCAUUCGAGCUCGAGCUGGAUGCGCUGGUCCAAGGAGAAGGAGAAGGAGCAGUAA